CCACCCACCACCUCGUGUGCAGUGCGCGCUAACAGCACUUGCCCCAACAGUAUAGGGGGGCAUCUUUAUAUUUUGUUUUGUGACAAGGUCAUGCAAUGCACAACAGGUUGGAUUUAACACAGGCUGCUGUAUCCGUCUCGGCAGGCAGUGUGCAUCACAGGCUGUGCGCAGAUGAUGCUUAUCUCUGAAGGCGACCAUGGAAGGCAACAAAUCGUUCAUCCUCCUCGGGACACUCGAAGCCCCGUACGGCGUGCAGCUGCUCGCGUUCGGCCUGUGCCUGCCGCUCUUCGUCGUCACGGCGCUGUCCAACCUGUUGGUGCUCGGCACAGUGGCCGUGCAGAGGGAGCUGCACAAGCCCAUGUACGCGUUCAUGUGCAACCUCAUUUUGGGCGACCUCAUCGGCUGCACGGUCAUUUUGCCCAAGCAACUGCAUAUCUUCCUCACGGGCGACAACGAGGUGUCGCGCGCGUCCUGUGUCGCGCAGAUGUUAUUGAUGAACGUGUUCAUUUGCACCGAGUGCGUCACGCUCACGGUCAUGUCCGUCGACCGCUACGUGGCCAUCUGCCACCCGCUGCACUACCACGCCAUCGUGACCGCCAAACGGACCCUGCUCGCCGUGGUGACCGCGUGGAGCUUCACGGCGGCGCUGCUCGUGCCGCUCACGAUCCUAGUGGCGCCACUCACGCUGAAGGACGACGAUCGGCAAAUGCCGGGCAUUUUCUGCGACUACAUGGGAUUCAUGCGUCUCUCCGCCGACGACACGAGCGUCCCAGAAACGUUCAGCUCGGGCAUGGUCGCGCUGCUCUUCGUGUUGCCGCUGUGCGUCAUCAGCGUCACGUACUGCAAGAUCCUUCUGGAGUGCAAGAGGACGCAGGCGAGCGGCUUCAGGAGGAAGGCGACGCACACGCUGCUCACGCACUCCUUCUUGCUCACGGUCUUCUUCAGCACGCUCUUCAUCUCCAUUCUCGUCCCCAGGUUGGUGAGGAACGAGCCGAACGCACGCGCGAGGAACAUCCGCUGCGCGUCGCAGUUCGCGACCUUCUUCAUCCCGAUCGCGAACGUCGGCAUUUACUUCUUCAGAACGCGAGCGCUCAGGAAGGAGGCGGCGACUUUGCUUCGGAAAAUGUUCCCGAGGCGCCUUCGCGAUUCGAGGCCUCACAGAGUGUGGGCGAUAGUGAAGUGAGGAGUCAUUCACUUGCGAGCGACAAAAAGUCUCACAUUCAAGCUGUUACACGUCCUCAUGCCGGGUCCUCGCGGCUAAGAGGCACCCGAAAAAGUUUGGGUGCAAAAUUCCCGGCGUUUUUUUUUCGAGCUGCGCUUUUCUCCAGUCGUGCAGGUGACAGAAAUGCUGAUUGUGCUGAUGGUGGUCCCUUUAAAUGCGCGGUACUGCACGGAUAGCAGGCAGUGAGAGGCAGUAGUUGCUAUGAAUGUCCAAAUGACGGGCCACUUUGUUGAGCGAUCAUUUGUGGCCAGGUUGCUUCUGAACAAUAAGUUAAUACCUCAGUGGGGGCUUUGCCUGGUAGGAUGGGGAUGGUUUCGUUUAAUUUGUAUGUGUUUGGGUGAUUUUUUUUUACAUUUCUUGUACUUUUAACGACUGUUAUGUUUUUGUAUUAUUUGUUGUAACGUUCUUACCCCCCCCCCUACUGGACAUGUGUGAAAAAUAGCUUUAUAGCUCAUCGGAUUCCUCCAGUGUAAAUACAUAUUCUGAUCAUUAUUCAUCGUGGCGCAUAUCGAGAUAAAUAUACUGUAUAUAUUGCACUUAUCCUUUUGGAGGAGCUGCUUUUAUUUAUUUAAAUGUUCUAUUACCUAGAGGUCGGUGCCUUAGUCUGGCUCCGCGAGCCUCUACUGGACAUCUGUGAUAAACAACUUUAAAGCUCAUCGGAUUCCUCCAGUACAA